GCCGGGGCCGAGGGAGGGGCCGCCCCCGAGGCAAAGCCAAGGCCAAGGCGAAGGCUGCGGCCGCCGUGCGCAGUUCCAAGGAUCCAGGCCUGGGCAGUGGCGACCAGCCGCAGCCAGCGCGGCCUCCGCGCUUUCAGUGGGGGAAGAGCGCCCUUCGCGUCGGAGAGGCUCCUGGCCCUGAGGCUCCCAGCAGCCCGCCGAAGCGGCCUGCUCCCAGCGCGGAGCCGCCUGUGAAGCGUGAGCUCCCUGAAGCGUCGACUUGUGUCAGGGUCUGCGCGAAGAGGCCGGCGCCGGGCGCGGAUGUGCCUGUGCAGCGACGCGGCCGACAGAUGCUCCGCAUCGACGCAGAGCCGCCGGCUGCCCGGGCGCCAGCGGUGCCGCGUGCGCCCUCUGGCCUGCUCGGCGGCCGGAACCGAGCCCUGAGCCUCUUUGACCUCGGCGCCGCAGCCGGCCGCGAGGCGCUGAUAGGGCUCGUGAAGCAGGGCUACACGGUGGUCCGGAAUGUCUUCUCCGAAGCAGAGUGCGACGCGGCCGUGGACAAGAUCUGGGGCUUUGCGGAGGGCCGCUGCCCUUCGCUGAAGGCCGCGGACGAAUCCACGUGGACGGCCGAGAACUGGGGAGCCUUCGCCAGGGGCAAGUGCCUCUGCCAACUUCUAGGUGCCGGCUGGGUGCUCUGGGAGGAGCGGCUCCUCUUCCGCCGUCGCCUGGUGGAACGCGGUAUCUACGCCGACCGGCCGCACCAUGCCAGCUGGGACGGUUUCACCUUCGGCCGUCCCGUCUCGAAGCUUUGGAAGCGGUCGGAGUGGGACCACACG